GUAAAAGACCAGAAAUUGCAUGCAAUGAUGCAGUGAAAAUUGAAAAUCUCCAAUCCGGCAAUCCCCCAAGUCUUCCCACAAAAUAUAUUAGCCAACCAUCACAAAAGUCUUCCCAUUUCACAGUUCAGGAAAAUGGCUUCAACCCAAGAUGAACAAAACAACAAGUCAACCAACCGGGCAUUGGAGCCGGAUCUGGAUAUUCCAAACCAGCCUGGGCUUGAAUUCGCCCAGUUUGCAGCCGGGUGCUUCUGGGGAGUGGAGCUGGCUUUCCAAAGACUGGAAGGUGUUGUGAAAACUGAAGUGGGUUAUUCUCAGGGACACGUUGAUAACCCGAAUUACAAGUUGGUUUGUACCGGAUCCACUAACCAUGCUGAAGUGGUUCGGGUUCAGUUUGACCCUACUGUUUGCCCGUACACUAAUUUGCUCUCUCUUUUCUGGGCUCGCCAUAAUCCCACCACUCUUAAUCGCCAGGGUGGUGAUGUUGGCACACAAUACCGGUCAGGAAUAUACUACUAUAAUGAGACCCAGGCUCAACUAGCAAAAGAAUCACUAGAAGAGAAGCAGAAGGAAUACAAGGACAAGAGGAUUGUGACUGAAAUUCUUCCUGCCAAGACAUUUUACAGAGCCGAGGAGUACCACCAGCAAUAUCUUGAGAAGGGUGGAGGGAGAGGUAACAAACAGUCUGCUGCAAAAGGCUGUAAUGACCCAAUCCGAUGCUAUGGUUGAUGCAGGAGACAUUGCAGGCAUCAUACUCGAAUAAGGCUGUGAAGUAACACAUUUCGUGAUAUGUUGCAUUUAUGCGAUUAGACUUUUAACUCUACUUCACAUUGCAUGCUUCUAUUAUAACGUAAAUGCUUUCAGCUUCUAAGUUUAAACCUUUGGGUCAACCUGUGAUGUUUAUCAUAAUCACCUAUUGUAGCAAAGCCUGAACUAUCAUAUCUUGGCUGCUUGUACUAUAUAUAAUAUGGAGAUGUCUCUUGCAGAACAACCAAUUUGUUGGAUAAA